GGCGCAGACGCACUGAACCUAAGCAGCCGGUGAUGGCGGCAGUGGUGGUGGUGGCUGCAGCGGGGCCGGGCCCAUGAGGCGACGACGGAGGCGGGACGGCUUUUACACAGCGCCUGACUUCCGAGACAGGGAAGCUGAAGACAUGGCAGGAGUGUUUGACAUAGACCUGGACCAGCCAGAGGACGCAGGCUCUGAGGAUGAGCUGGAGGAGGGGGGUCAGUUAAAUGAAAGCAUGGACCAUGGAGGAGUUGGACCAUAUGAACUUGGCAUGGAACAUUGUGAGAAAUUUGAAAUCUCAGAAACUAGUGUGAACAGAGGGCCGGAAAAGAUCAGACCAGAAUGUUUUGAGCUACUUCGGGUACUUGGUAAAGGGGGCUAUGGAAAGGUUUUUCAAGUAAGAAAAGUAACAGGAGCAAAUACUGGAAAAAUAUUUGCCAUGAAGGUGCUUAAAAAGGCAAUGAUAGUAAGAAAUGCUAAAGAUACAGCUCAUACAAAAGCAGAACGGAAUAUUCUGGAGGAAGUAAAGCAUCCCUUCAUUGUGGAUUUAAUUUAUGCCUUUCAGACCGGUGGAAAACUCUACCUCAUCCUUGAGUAUCUCAGUGGAGGAGAACUAUUUAUGCAGUUGGAAAGAGAGGGAAUAUUUAUGGAAGACACAGCCUGCUUUUACUUGGCAGAAAUCUCCAUGGCUUUGGGGCAUUUACAUCAAAAGGGGAUCAUCUACAGAGACCUGAAGCCGGAGAACAUCAUGCUUAAUCACCAAGGUCAUGUGAAACUAACAGACUUUGGACUAUGCAAAGAAUCUAUUCAUGAUGGAACAGUCACACACACAUUUUGUGGAACAAUAGAAUACAUGGCCCCAGAAAUCUUGAUGAGAAGUGGCCACAAUCGUGCUGUGGAUUGGUGGAGUUUGGGAGCAUUAAUGUAUGACAUGCUGACUGGAGCACCGCCAUUCACUGGAGAGAAUAGAAAGAAAACAAUUGACAAAAUCCUCAAAUGUAAACUUAAUUUGCCUCCCUACCUCACACAAGAAGCUAGAGAUCUCCUUAAAAAGCUGCUGAAAAGGAAUGCUGCUUCUCGUCUUGGAGCUGGUCCUGGGGAUGCUGGAGAAGUUCAAGCUCAUCCAUUUUUCAGACACAUUAACUGGGAAGAACUUCUAGCUCGGAAGGUGGAGCCCCCUUUUAAGCCUCUGUUGCAAUCUGAAGAGGAUGUGAGUCAAUUUGAUUCAAAGUUUACACGUCAGACACCUGUUGACAGCCCAGAUGACUCAACUCUUAGUGAAAGUGCCAACCAGGUCUUUCUGGGUUUUACAUACGUGGCUCCAUCUGUACUUGAAAGUGUGAAAGAAAAAUUUUCCUUUGAACCAAAAAUUCGAUCUCCUCGAAGAUUUAUUGGUAGUCCACGAACACCUGUCAGCCCAGUCAAAUUUUCUCCUGGGGAUUUUUGGGGAAGAGGUGCUUCAGCCAGCACGGCAACUCCUCAGACACCCGCGGAAUACCCAAUGGAAACCAGUGGAAUAGAGCAGAUGGAUGUGACAAUGAGUGGGGAGGCUUCGGCUCCUCUUCCAAUUCGACAGCCCAACUCUGGACCAUACAAAAAGCAAGCUUUCCCCAUGAUCUCCAAACGGCCAGAGCACCUGCGAAUGAAUCUAUGACAAAGCAAUGCUUUUAAUGAACUUGAAGCAAAAAAAAAAAGGAAAAGGAAGAAAGGAAAAACAAAGUAGGGGAAGUGAUAUUCAUGAGCAUCUGGCAAGAUGAAACCAGAAGAAACAAAAUGAUAGUCUCAGAGAGUCAGUGUCUUUACCUAGAACACUUUGGAUGGAGGAAAAGUAAACAUGGAUAAAAAAAAAAAAAUCAAUGGUGCAAAAACAAACAAAAAACACUUAAGCAAAAUAGUAUUGUGGAACUCAUAGGCACAUCAGUUAACUGAUUCCUAGUGACAUCUUUUCAACCUUAUCAAGGAUUUUCAUGUUGAUGGCUCCAAACUGACAGUAUUAAGGAUAAUAUGUUGCUUCUGAAUCAUUGGGAGUUCUGAUUGUAUUGAAGAAGAGUUAUCCUUUCAUUAGGCAAAGUAUGAAAUUGCCUAUAAUACUUGCAACUAAAGACAAAUUAGCAUGCAAGCUUGGUCAAACUUUUUCCAGAAACAUGGAAUCAAAGACAAAAGAAACUUACCAAUUGAUGUUUUAUGUGCAAACAACCUGAAUCUUUUUUUUAUAUAAAUAUAUAUUUUUCAAAUAGAUUUUUGAUUCAGCUCAUUAUGGAAAACAUCCCAAAACUCUAAAGAGCAAAAUUGGUUGGUGUGAAGAAGACCAGACAGCUUCUGUUUCUUCUCUCUUGAUGAAAUAAUAAAAUGCAAAUUAAUCAUUGUUAACCACAGCUGUGGCUCCUUUGAGGGCUUGGGGUGGACCUCGGGUAUAUCUUUAGUAACCCUGCUGCAAUACCUGUCUGUAGUACUAGGGGGAAAAAAGAAUCUAAUUAUUUCUAAUUGCAGUACUGCUAUAUGCCAAGCUUAACUGGAAACCUUGCAAUGGGCAUCUAUUGUUUGUCCUAUGUUUUCAUCCUUGUCCCAGUACUGCAUUGCACUGGAAAAAAAAAAAUUGCCACCUGUUUUUAUACCAGUAUUUGGUUCAAGACGCCAAAUGUGUUCAGCCUCUGGCUGGAAGGACAAGAGUUAGGAUAAAGUGCAUACUGAGGGCAGCAAAGUGGGGGAGCUAGGGCUAUCCAGGGGAAGGAGGUUGCCGUCUCCAAAACUGUCUCAUCUCUUUACAGCAAAUUGGUUUUGGGUUUUACAAUUCUUUCUUUUUACCAUUUUUGCUGUCUACCUUCCUUAACAUUGUUUUUCUCAAUCAUUUUAAAAAGGAAAAAAGGUCUUAUUUUUUUCCCCCUCAUAUACUGGGGCUAUUUUUUAUUGUGAAAAUACUUGAUGGCCUUUUGAUGAAUGUCUUCCAUAGUGAACCAAGAAAACUUAGUGGCUUAAUUUAGGAUACAUGUUAACAAGACAGUGUUUCUGAAAUUGUAACAAAAUCCACAGAAGUGAUUUACAGGUACAAAGAAUAAAAAUAAAAGUAACUUUACCUUUCUUAAAUACUUCCUGCCUUAAAGAGAGCAUUUCCAUGACAUUAGUUGGUGAGAGGGUGUAAUAUCUGCAGAGCUUUAUAAAAAUAGAUUUCAUUGCAUCCUGGUAUAAGUAGAUGGUCAUGCAGUUGCAGUUGAGUCUUAUCACUUGGUUUUUUUUUGUUGGUCUUUUUAAUGUCUUCAGUCUGUACAAAGUUAAUUUAUAAUAGUUUGCAACCCUAGAAUUUUUUUUAAAUAAAUGCUGCUUGCUAUAUUCUCCAAACCUUUUUGAGCCAUAGGAUCCAAGCCAUAAAAUUCUUUAUGCAUGUUGAAUUCAGCCAGAAAAGAGCAAGACUUUGCUUAUUUAAAUUGCAGUUCAAAUGAGAUGUGAUAAAAUGAUGAUAGUAAGCAUAACCAGAACCAUGGAAAAUUACUGGAAAUGAACUUUUUCAAUUGUGGCAAUAAAUGAAAGAAUUGAUAAAAGUUUAUCUUUGGACAAAACACCUUUUUAUUUAUUAAUUUUAACCACUCUCUCUAGAUCCCUUUUAUUGCAUUAGCCUACUAAGCACUUGGUAAUUGUGGCUGAUAAGUUAGAAGCAUAACUGCUUAAGGGCAGAAAUUUUAAAGUCCGGAUCUUGGUUCUCUAACAAUUCAUAAUUUCUGGGAAAAACAAAA